AUGAUAAUUAUUUUGCUACUUUUUUAUGUCCAUGCGGGACACAUUUACUCUGGUGGUCUCACCAUUAUUAAUCCUAUUGCUACUAAGGCUUCAUAAUUUCGUUUGCAAUUUGCACUAGAAAAUGGUAUAGAUGCUGAUGAAUAUCUGAAAAUUCAAUUCCCCUUUCCACUUAACAUAGGUUCUAUUUAAGCUAAACUAUAAACUAUAACAACUUCAUCUGAUGGAUAAUUUGGAGAUUGGGAUUUAGGUUAAUUAGGAGAAGAUAAUACUAUUAAUUUUGAAGAUCUAGCUGAAGCUUCAAGUCAAGGAAAUACUGAUAACACUUAUUAUUUCACAUUUAAUCAAAUUAUUAGACCUAAAACUUGGUAUGUUAUUAUACUCUACUCAAAUAAUCCUAGUGUUCAGACACCAGGUUAUAAAAAUCCAGUCAAAUUCUGGAGUGUCUCUUCUAUGCAUUCCUAAUCUAUAGUAUAUGAUGAAAAUCCAGCUUUUGCAUAAAUGGCACUUUAAGCAUUACCACCUUAAUCAUUAAAAUUAGAACUCUCCUAUGAAUCAGCUAAAAUAGGAUUAUCUUAACUUGUUACUAUAAUAAUUACACCAACUGUUUCUAUUGGUUAAAAGUCUUAAUUCAUUGUUGAAAUAGACUCUAACUAUUAAUUUUUAAUGAUAGAUGAAUUAAUUGAAUGUGAAAUUAGUAGUGGUUGUUCUUGUACUAUUAUAUCUACAAACUUAAUGAAUAUUCAAUGUAGUAUUGAUAUGGCAAAAGAAAGACUCUCUUCAACUAUUACAACAAAAAUUGAAAAUAGUAAAAUUUUAUUAAGUGCUACAUAAUCUACACCAAUUACAGUUUAUUCAGUUGUUGGUAAUGCUUAUCUGGAAUAUGGUAUUAAAAAAGAUUAAAUUAAAUUGACUAAAUUAUUGUUAACAGUUGAUAUUUUUUUACUUUGGGGUGUUCCUAUGGAUGAUUAAUUAAUAACUCUUUAUAAACCUGUGACUGGUUCUGUAGGUUAUCCAUUCAAUAGUGUUAAGGUUUAAUUUUUACUUAAUUCUCCAUCUCCUGCUUCAGAAUAAUUAGUAACUAUAACUACAGGAGAUGCAGAUGCUGUCUUAUAAUCAUCAAUAGCACAUAAUUUAGGUUCAGAUGUAAAAUGCUAUUUCAGAAAAACAGAAUAAUAAAUCUAUUGUAAACAUGUUACUUCUCUAAAAGAGAAUUUUAAUUAUUUUGUUUCAUUCAAAUGUGCAUUCACUUCAACUGCAGCAUCAACAUAAACUAAUUUUGCAAGAGUAACAAUAAAAUCAGUUACUAGAGAUACAAAACCUUAUAAAACCUAUGUAUUAGCUGGACCAACAGGUAAAAACCUCAAAGUGUAAACAAGUUAGGAAUUUGUUGAUCCUGCUGCCUAAGGUCUAACAAAUUGGGGAUACAAUUUUGUAGCAUUUGGAGAUAGUACAGCAACAUUUACAACUGCUUAUUCUAUUGCUAAUACAAGAACAGUUGGUUUGAAACUUGGAUCAUAGAGAAUCAUAUUCUAUUUGAAAGUAUUACCAAAUCAAAUGUGUUAAUCUUCGUAUUCUUAUUGUAGUGCUGGUCAAUAGCCUGAAUUAUUUAUGAAAGUGUUAUUUAACAAAGGAAAUGUUAAAUUUGAUGAAACAACAAUUUAAUUAGAAUAAUCAAGUGCAUGUACAUAGUGUACUUCAUCAUUAAAAUAAUAUAAUGAUAAUGAUGUUUAUAUAUCAAUGAAAUGUUCUAAAAAUUAUAAUUCAUGUACAUAAUUGUUAAAUGGAGGGAAGGGUUUUGGUUUUGUAGCUGAAAUAUAAAAAUAUCCAUCUUUAUAUCCUUCAGAUACAUUAUUAGAUUUUAUUGUAGCAUUUUAUUAAGCUCCAACUGGUUCUUCUGAAUCAAUGGCUACUUUAGUAAGUUAAUAAUUAAUUCAUGGUUAUGUUAUAGGAACAGACUCAAAAACAUUAUCUGCUUCAUAUGUAAAUUAUAUAACAGCUGGAUCAGGAAUUGGUACAAUAACUGGAUAAAAUAAAGGUGAAAAAGUUCCAACAUUUCUACGAUUAUUAGGAUAAGUUACAUAAUCAAAUUAACAUGUUGGUAUAUUUGUAGAUGGUUCAGUUGAAACUGUGUUGAUUGAUUCAAUGUAAUUAUAAGAAGAGAAUGAUGAUCUUGGAACAUCUACAACAAGUAAAAAAUUAUGUUCAAUUGAUAAUUGUAUAUGGUAUGGUCAUAGAGGAUCUGGUACAACACAUACUUAUUCAGAUACUUAUAAUAAUCAAAGAAUGAUUUUACUUAAAGAUUUUUAAGGUUCAACAGCAUUUGAUUUGAUUGUUGGAUUACGUAAUUAUGGAAUUAAACCAGAAUCUAUUGUUGUAGGAUCAUUAUAAUUAAAUGUUGAUACAAAUGGAUUUGAUGUAGUUUAUGCUGAAAGAAUAUUUGGAGGAGCAUGGUUUAUUAAUAAUAUGGCUGGUGGUAAUACAUAUUACAAAAGUUUUGGAAUAUAAUUUCCAUCUAGUAAUUGGGAUAAUAAUAAUAAUUGGAAUUCUUUAUUAGCUGCUGGAAAUGUAGUUGCUACAUAUAAAAUUAAUGAUAUCACCAAAAUUAAACCAGGUAAUACCAUAGAUCUAGAAAUUUCAACUGUACAUACUGAUCCUAGUAAUUUAGUCAAUUUAAAUGGUGGAUAAUUAUGGGGAAGUGGAUUUUUAAUGUCAAAUGCAUAGAAUUUUACACCAACUAUAUGGAAGGGAGGUAAAUGUAUAAAGGCUUAAGAUAUAAUAUUUUGUCCUUAUGAUUAAAUUGAUUAUCUUGAAGCAACUGGAACACUUACAGGAUCAUUUAUUGUACCUACAAAAUGGGGUGGUGGAACAAUAUUAUCAGAUUUUAAAUAUGCUUUUUCUAGCACUGCUGGUAAUAUGGUUGCAUUUUAAAAUGAAAUAUAAUCUACUUAGACUGAUGCUUUCAUUACAAGUUGUACAAUUACUGAUUGGGUACCUAUAUAUCCAAAUAGUAAAGUUUAAGAAUAAAGUAUUACAUUUACAACAACAUUAAAUUAUUAAUUUAAUUUAAAUUAAAUAUUUUUUGUUAUUUUGGAAUUAAGUGCAUUACCAAAUGGUUUAAGUAUAGAUUCAUUUUGCAGUUAUUAAAAUAGAAAUCUAUUUAUUUCUUGUAGUGUUAUUAGUAGUGGGAAUAUUAUAAAGUUUAAAUCUUAGAUUAUUGAUACAGAUGAAAAUAGUGAUUAUUAUUUAAUAUAAGGUUCUAUUUAGAUUGUAUUUUAUGUAUCUCAUUCUGGAUUAGAUACAGAUUAGUAAUCAUUUUAAGCUAAAUUGACUAUUAAUACAGAUACAAAUAUUAUAGAAUAAUGUGCAACUGAUGGUGCUUUAAGUUUUUCAGAUUAGAUAUUAGCUAAAAAUCUAUUGUUGAUUGAUUUCUAAUUAGAAAAUCAAUAUUAAAAUAGUAAAUCAGGAUUGUAGAUGAAAUUUUAGAUUAAUAAUAGAGUCAAUUUGUAAUAUCAUUAAUGUAUGUAAUUAUAAUUAGGAUUUAUGGCAUCUACUAAUUUAUAAUUGUUGUCAGCAUAAAAUCAUAGAUGUUUAUUUUAUAAUGAUGAUGGAUCAUUAAAUCAUCAUUGGAAUUCAUUAAAAUAUGAUUCAUCUAAUAAAUAACUAAUUUUUGAAUUGAAAACCUUAUAUUAUUCAUCAAUUUAAUUGUAUUAAAUUAAAUGUACUAAUAUCAAAAAUCCAGAUGGUAGUAAUAAUGAAGAUUUGAUAUUAGUAUGGGCAUAUUAUGAUGCUUCUAUUGAUAAUAAAUAUACAGGAUUAUAAUCUGCAAACAUCUAAUAUAAUACUUUAAAUUUAAUAUCAGAGAAAACUUAUACAACCAGUCCUAAAUUAAUUAAGUUACUUAAUGUAGCAGGUGUUGGAACAUAUUAUUAAUUAUAAUUUACACCAUCAAGAACUAAUAUGACUUAUAAUGAUCAAAUCUAUAUAGAAUUAUCAGCUGGAUAAGUAGUUAGACCAUAACAUCUAUAUUGUUCAAUUAAUGAUAUUAAUGUAGAUUGUACUAUGAAUAAAAGAAGAAUUAUCAUAUUGCCAUAAUAAUCAUUCUAUACUCGUAUGAAUCCAAAUAAAUAAUAUAAUAUUAGUAUUGGACCAAUCAUUUAACCAAAAUCAUUAGAUGGAUAUGGUAAAAUUUGGAUAGGUUCAUUAUUAUCUAACAAUAAGAAUGCUUUUUCAGAAUAAACUUAUAUUAAUGAUAUACCUAUUUAAACAACUCUUCCAGGAUUAUUACCUUAUUUAAGUGUUUAAUUUUCAUAAUAUAUUUCAAGAAUCAAUAAAGUAUACUUAAGAGUCAAUUUUACUGCUCCAAUAAGAACUAUUAAUUUUGAUAAAUGUAUAAUAAUAUAAUUAGGAGAAGAGUUUAGAAUUCCUUAAAAAAGAGUGAAUAAUUUAACUAUUGAAUGUAGAUUAUAUCGUAUGAAUGAUAAUAGCAAAACUAAUUUUACUAAUAAUUGUAUAUUUAUGAGAGAAGAAUUAAUAAAAAUUACUUUAUUAUAUGAUCCAGUUAAUUCAAGAUAAUAAUAAUAAUAUCAAUUGGAAAUUCGAUCAUUGAUCACUCCUGAUUUAGUAUCUUUGAAUAAUCUAUAAUAAUAUUUCCCAUAUUAAGUACAAUUCUUUAUUACUGAUUUGAAUUUGCAAACAAUCAAUUUCAUAGCUCCACCUUGUAUUCAAUAUUUGCCUACUUAAUUAAAUUUCGUAUAAUAAGAAAAUCAAUAAUAAUUUUAAUGGUAUAUUUACAAUAAGUUAGAUAAUUCAUAUCAAAAAUUAAUUCCUUUAAUUGGAUAAACUUAAUAUCCUACAUUUAUAAUAUACAAAGGAGUUGUAGAAUAAGAUAUUUUUUUGUUUCUUGGUUUGAACACUCAAGAAACAUAAUUUGAUAGAUAAGUCAACAUAAGUAUCACUUAGAAUAUAAUAAACAUAUUUGGUACAAAUGAAAUCAUAUCUAAUAUUUAUAAAUAUAAUAAUUUGGGAAUUGAUUAUAUAUAAUUAGUAGAUCCUAAUUUGGAAGAAGAUGCUAAUAAAGAAACCUAUUAAAUUACUAAAUUACUUACAGAUACUAUGACAAUUGAAAUAGGGGAUUUUGGAUACUAUUUACAUAUAUCAUCUAAACAAGAUAUAGGAAGUGGUAUAUAUUAUUUGAAUUUUGAUAGAGAGAUUACUGAUAAAAGAACAACUAAAAAAGAGAGUAUAGGUGUUGAUACUUAUACAAUUAUAGAUUAUUAUUCUAUAAUUCCUACAAUUGCAUUAUAAAUUGACACAAAAAAGUAGUGUCAUAUAUAUGUCAGUAUUUCAAGUGAUAAAAUACCUUUAGAAGGUAAGUCAUAACCAAUUCAUUUCUAAACAUCAUGUAUUCCAACCUCUGAACUUUAUAUCUAACCUAUUGUUAAGGAUCCCAUUAUAACUCCUCCACCUAUUAUAAUGAGUAUUAAAUAACGUUAACAGUUUUAUUCUGGUAAUCCAAGAGAAUAAUUAAAUUAUUAUUUAUAAUUGGAAGCUUCUAGUUCAGGAUCUAUUGGAGAUGAAAUUAGUGUAAAAUUUUAAUUAUCAGGAUAAGAAGCCAACAUUUUCACAAUUGAUUCCAUUUCUUUAUUAGUUAUAAAGAAUAGUAAUACUGAAGAAUUAGUGAUUAAUUCUAGUAUAGAUGCAAACUCUACCUAAGUAACAGUCAAUUGUUCAAUGGAUGGAUAAUUAUUAUGGACUAUAUGUCCAAAGAAUACUCUGACUAACACAUUCAAUAUUUAGAAGAAUAGAUAAUUUAUAAUUGCAGAUUACUCAAUUGAUGUUAAUCUAUAUAAAUAUAGAUUGUAUCAAUAUCUAAAUCCUUUGAAUUAAUAUCUAUAGUUUUAUAAACAAAAAGAAAAUACUGUAGAACCUACUUAUAUAUCUUCUCUAUAUUCUAGAUAGAUUUUAUAUGGAAUCAUAGGGGAAGACAAAGUAAAUUACAUGACUAGUAUAUUAAAGAAUUCAAAUAAAAUUAUUAAGUUAAAUAAAAUAGAAUAAGAUAUGCAAAUAUAAAUUGCUUGUAGAAAUUAAUAUGGAAAGAUUUCUAGUAUAACAACUCAUGAUUUAUCUAAAUCCAAUAAUAUAAUUACUAGAAAUCAUUCUCUCAUCAUUUUAUAAUUUUAAAGAUAAAUUUCUAUUAAUUAAGUGAAUAAUCUUAUUUGUAGUAUUAAAGAAUUAUUAUUACUCAAUAUUCAUCAUGUUACAGAUAUACAAUGUUAAAUCUGUAAUCCUAAUUUACUUUAUUAUAAUAAGAAAUCAUGGUCUGAUGUCCUUAGUUUAAAUGAAUCAUAUGAAGGUAUAAUAAAUACAACAUUACUUGAAUCCAAUUUAAAUAUCAAUUAUUAUUUCUACUUAAAUAAUUAUUUAACAUCAUAGAAUAUAGAUGUAAUAACAAAAACAUAUUAAAUUAUUAAUAAAUUAGCAAAUGAUACAACUGCUAUUUAAUAACUUGCUAAGAAAAUUACCAAUACUACUUCAGAUCCAGAAAUAUCAUAUUUAUUACGUUCAAUUACAAUUGUCAAUUAUACUGAAAAUAGUUAUUCUUCUGUAUAAAAUUAAAUUACUCUUACAGCCAAUAUGACAUAAAAUUAGAUUAAUAUAAACAUUACGAAUAAUAAUAAAAAUACUCUUGUAUUUAUUGGAAUUCAGAAAUUUAUUUCUUAAUUAGAUUUUUCAUCUCCCAUAAAUUUAAGACGUGGUAUUACAGGUAAUGGAAUUAAAUUAGAAUAAUUUGUUAUACUUUAAAAUGCAGAAACAACUUAACAAUUUAAUGUAUAACCUUAUAAUAGUUCUUCAUUCAAAUACUUCUUAUAAUGGUCAAGUUCACCUCUAUAGGCUAAUUGUCUUUCAUAAUAAUAUCAAGAUACAUAACUAUUAAUUUUAGAAUACAAUUAACCAGAAUAAUCUAAUGCAUACUUCAUUAGUAUUUUAAUAUUCAUUACAUACAUUUUAUAAUGA